AUGGCCUUCCAGAUGAACAUGAGUGAUCCACAAGAUGCCACCCUAGCACGACUCGAGAGUGCCGGGAACGAAGUCGAUCUUCUCAAAUUGUCCGGUGACAUAGAUGAAGACUUGCUGGACGCCAGUCUAGAUGAAUACCAGAAUUACCUUGAUCAAUUGGAUACCGCGCGUUCCCAUCUCGACUCCCUUUUGGCAGACACCGCUGCAGUACUCGACGAACUAUCCGAAAUCUCUGCCUCUUUCAAAGACAUCGAUGUCCAGACGAAGAGCUUCCGAAAACAGUCUGCCAAUAUCCUUGAAGAACAGCGCAAGAAUGACUCGGUGGCACAGAAUAUCGCCGACAAUUUACGCUUCUACGAACCCUUGGAACGAAUCACGAGAAGACUCAAUGCCCCUGGGGCUGGAGCCUUUGUCCGAAGCAAAGAUUUCUCCGAUAUGCUUGUUACUCUGGAUGAAUGCAUAGACUACAUGCAGACGCACACAAGUCACAAAGAAGCCGAGAAUUUCCGGUCACGCUACCGACUGCUACUUACACGAGCUCUGACUCUGGUUCGGAAUACGUUCAUGGCUGGAGUCAGAGAGACCACAACGGAGGUCGCAGGGAGGAUCGCGGCGAAACAACUCAAUGAUACAACGAUGUCGGCUCUGCUAUACGCCAAGUUCCGAGUAGGGGCGGCAGAAAUGAAAGAACUCGGUCUGGAAAUUCAAAAGCGUGCGAAUCCUCCAGCAGAGGCUGAACCGGGCACGGAAGGAGAAUAUCAGAGCCUCAUGAACGAAUUGCACGCCAGUUUUGCCGCAUGUCGAGCAAGAUUGAUACUCCCAAUAGUACAACGUCGACUCACCGAGAUCGGACAAGCCCCCAGUUCCAAGGAUCUGGUCCAACUUGCGCGCUCCAGUAUUAGUUAUAUCCGUGGUAUGUGCUUGGACGAGUUUGAGCUCUGGGGCGAAUGGUUUCACGGCUACCGAGGGGUCUAUGAAUUUCUCGAGUCAGUGUGUGAGCCACUUUACGACCAUCUUCGCCCACGUAUCAUUCAUGAGAACAAGUUAUCGAAGCUCUGUUCUCUUGUGACGCUGCUGCAGACUAGAUACCUCCACGACGAAGAAGAAGAUGGCCCUGUUGACAUGAAUCAACUCGACUUCUCCUCCUUGAUCCAGCCAGCUUUAGAGGAUGCACAGACCCGACUGCUCUUCCGUGCACAGGCAAUUCUACGAGAUGAGAUUGAGAAUUUCAAGCCGAAGCCUGACGACCUCGACUAUCCACGACGCACUUCACGGCCACCAACUGCAAGCACGCCUCUUUCUGGCCGCCGCAGGUCACGAGAUCCAAUAACCCGAAAAACGCCGGAGUUUGUCGAUGAAGACUCAGGCGACGAAGGUGCCUUUUCCUGGACCAUUGCAUCUCGCCGUACUGCACUUCAAAACUGCUAUCCCACGCUUGCAAAAGCCAUACAACUUCUGUCAAGGAUAUACAGACUGGUCAACUCUUCCGUCUUUGACGAUCUCGCUCAUCAAAUCGUACAUCAAACAACGAUCUCUUUACAUUCUGCUUCCCUGCAAAUAUCUUCCAAGUCCUCUCCUGCCGAUGGACAGCUCUUCUUACUGCGAAGCCUUCUUCUUCUGAAGUCCCAAAUCGUCGCCUUUGACAUUGAAUACGUCACGCCUGAUGUUUCGUUCGAUUUUUCGGGCGUCGCUAGCACUUUCUACGAGCUACGCGAACGCGGCGGGCUGUUUAACCCGAGGAGUUGGGUGAAACUUUUCAGCACGGGCGGUUUGUUACCUCGGGUCGUCGAAAACAUGCUGGAUGCGAAAGUCGAGCUGGAUGGACGUCUUCGAACGGUGAUCAAUGACUUCACAGCAGGGUUCGCCAACGAUAUGACAAAGGAAUUACCAAGGGAUGUGGAGAAAUCGAGUGUCAAGAUUGAACACUUGGACAAGGCGGUUUCAACCACGCGCAAGAACGUUGAGAAAGAAAUUCCCAUCCUUCGAGCGAAGCUGGAGCAAUAUAUCGACGAUAUUCGUACCCGAGAAACCCUUGUCGCUGCCGUCGAAGAUCAGGUCGUCCAAAUCUAUGAAUCUUUCUUCGAUGGAUAUGUCUGGCGGCUGGGCGGGAAUCGCAAGAUCAAUGGUACGACUCAAAUCUCCCGCAAGGGUAAGGGCCCAGAGAAUGCUGUAUGGGAUAUCGAUACGUUUGCGGAGUGGGCAGAGGGCCUUUUCAAUGUCGCAUUGCCAAAUGUCGAGGAUGAUACGGCGAGCAAUGCCGUCAGUCGGAGUUUAUCGAGAAGUGGUAGUCUGUGA